AUGGAAGCUUUAGUGAACAUCCAUGAGUACAGGCUGACCAGCUGGCUGGGCCAGCAGGAGGACAUCCACCGCAUCGUGCUGUACCAGGCCGACAGCUCCCUGACCCCCUGGACCCAGCGCUGCAUCCGCCAGGCCGACUGCAUCCUCAUCGUGGGGCUGGGGGACCAGGAGCCCACCGUGGGAGAGCUGGAGAGGAUGCUGGAGAACACUGCAGUGAGAGCCCAGAAGCAGCUCAUCCUGCUCCAUAAGGAGGAUGGGCCCCUCCCUUCCCGAACUGUGGAAUGGCUCAACAUGCGGAGCUGGUGUUCUGCUCAUCUCCACCUCCACUGCCCACGCAGAGUCUUCUCCAAAAGGAGUCUGCCCAAGCUGAUAGAGAUGUAUGAACGGGUGUUCCAGAAGCCACCGGACCGUCACUCCGACUUCUCCCGCCUGGCCCGUGUCCUGACCGGGAACGCCAUAGCGCUGGUGCUGGGGGGUGGAGGGGCCAGGGGCUGCUCCCAGGUGGGUGUUAUCAGGGCACUGAUUGAAGCUGGAAUCCCCGUGGACAUGAUUGGAGGGACGUCCAUCGGCGCCUUCAUGAGCGCCCUGUACGCCGAGGAGCGCAGCUACAACCAGAUGAGGAUCAAAGCCCGCCAGUGGGCCAUGGUUAUGAACUCGGUGUUUAAGACUAUUUUAGACCUGACCUAUCCAAUAACCUCUAUGUUUUCUGGAGCAGCUUUUAACAACAGCAUCAACAACAUCUUCAAAGAUAAGCAGAUAGAGGAUCUGUGGAUUCCUUACUUCACCAUCACCACUGACAUCACUGCCUCAGCCAUGAGGGUCCACAGGGAUGGCUCCCUGUGGAGGUAUGUCCGUGCCAGCAUGUCCCUCUCGGGGUACAUGCCCCCCCUGUGUGACCCCAAGGAUGGGCAUCUCCUCAUGGAUGGAGGCUACAUCAACAACCUUCCAGCCGACGUGGCCAGGUCCAUGGGGGCCAAGGUGGUGAUCGCCAUCGACGUGGGCAGCCGCGACGAGACCGACCUGACCAACUACGGCGACUGCCUGUCCGGGUGGUGGCUGCUCUGGAAGAGGUGGAACCCACUGGCUGAGAAAGUCAAGGUGCUGAACAUGGCCGAGAUCCAGACGCGCCUGGCGUACGUGUGCUGCGUGAGGCAGCUGGAGAUGGUGAAGAACAGCGACUACUGCGAGUACAUCCGGCCCCCCAUCGACCGCUACGGCACCCUGGACUUCGGCAAGUUCGACGAGAUCUGUGAAGUGGGAUAUCAGCAUGGGAAAACUGUAUUUAAUGUCUGGUGCAGGAGUGGAGUCCUUGACAAGAUGCUAAAGGACAGGCAAGAGAUCUGCAAGUCCAAAACUGAUAACGUGACCUGUCCCACCACCUCCUUCACGGACCUGGCAGAGAUCGUGUCCCGGAUCGAGCCCGUGAAGGCCCCUGUGGCAGACGACGAGUCAGACUACCAGACUGAGUACGAGGAAGAAAUCCUGGACAACCAGAAGGAUGAUUAUCUGGAUUUCAUAAGCAACCAGGCUGAAGAAGACUCUGACUCGGAUGAAGACGUGCAGCUGAGGAAGCGCAGGACUGUGCCCAGCACGGAGGGCCAGGCGAGCAGCACGGGGGAGCCGGGAUAGAGCAAGGGAGGCUCAGAGCUGCACCCCAUCCUACAGCAGCUGUAUUUAUUUAUUUAAUACUUCACAAAACCAAAACAACGCCUACAUGAAACGAAGCAAGAGCUCAGCCUUCCCCAGCCAGGGCCGGGCUCAGCUGCUGGCACAAAGCACAGCCCGUGCUGUGCCCGGAUCCCUUUGGAGCUCCGGAGAGGGGCGGCUGCCCUGGGCAUCUCCUUCCUACGGGUGCCAGGAGCAGGUUAUUGAUCCCUGAGGCUGGCAGGGGGGCAGAGGGGCAGUUCGAAGCUGCCUUGGUUUUUCUGCUGUGUUUUAGUCGCUGUUUUUCCUGCGAGGCCCCAGGAAGGCCGGGGUGUGUCCCCUCCGUGUGCCGAGAAGGCCCCGAGCAGCAGCACUGCACAAGGGAGGGGUUUGUGGGUCGAAGCGUUGCUUUCUUUUCAUACGAAUCAGGUAACUCUGUAAUUAACUCCUCAGUGACUGCCAGCCACGUACUCGUGAGCAGUGCUCUGACAGGAGCAAAUCUGAAUGUAUUUUCACUUGAAAUCUAAACCUAAGAAAUGAUUGUGAGGGGUGGCUGCGGAGCUGCAUCCUCGAGUCACCAGCAGAACGUUUACUGAUGGAUCAUGGAGCUGACACUUCUGGGCAACUCUGGAAUCACCACUUGGCUGUAUUUGCCCUGUGAAAUAAAGUUAUUUUGCUGGAUUGAAA